GUUUUAAAAAUUCAGUAGGUCGGCCGUUGGGCUUUACUACUCAGAGAAGAAGAAAAUCCGUUGUUGUGGAGAGGAAGAAAGGCCAAGGCGAAAUUCAACUAACAUGGCGUGCGGUGCUACGUUAAAGCGGUCGAUGGAGUUUGAGGCCCUUCUCAGUCCCCAGUCUCCCAAGCGGAGAAGGUGCAACCCGCUGCCGGGGACUCCGAGCGCUCCGUCUCCGCAGAGGUGCAACCUCCGCACCCCAGUCGACAGCCCGGCACAUUCGAUGUCUCCUCAGCCCGUCGGAGGCGAACACAGGCUCACCCCAGAGCAAAUCUUCCAGAACCUUCGCCAAGAGUACAGCCGGAUCCAGAGGCGGCGGCAGCUGGAAGGAGCCUUCAACCAGACGGAGGCCUGCAGCUCCAGUGACGCCCCCAGCCCCAGUUCCACCCUCAACGCUCCCAGCUCCCCACCUGGUGCCUCAAAGAAGGACCAGCCCUCGUUCACACUGAGGCAGGUCAGCUACCUGUGUGAGCGCCUGCUCAAAGACCACGAGGAAAAGAUCCGGGAGGAGUACGAACAGAUYCUUAACACAAAACUCGCAGAACAAUAUGAAUCUUUUGUGAAAUUUACGCAAGACCAGAUCAUGCGAAGAUACGGAGCUCGACCUGCAAGUUACGUCUCCUGAACUCUCAUCGCUGUGGUCCUGACUUCCUCUCACACGACGGCUGCUCUUCUUCUGCCUCCUUGUUGAUUUUAAAUUUUAUUUCCCUAAACCCCCACCCMCUCACCAAGUCCCCCUUUUCCUCCCUGCUCAGACAGUUUGGGUGCCAUGGUUUGAGUUUUAAUUCCAAAAGUUGUUCCUUAYCUUCAAACUUCUGCUGCUGGCCAAACAAUCUGAAAUGGUAAAUUCUGUAUAAAGCCUGUUUUUGUUUUGCUGUAGAAAAGCUCAUUGGCUUGUGAUGAUUCUGUAUAAUCUCCCAGCAGUGAUAUUUAMCAGCUCCUGCUUCUCACAAUAUUCCACUUCUCUCCACCCCGUUCCCCUCCUCGCCUCCUUYCUCACAACCUUACCUGAGAUCGUGGAUUUUUCUCCCUUUUGAAGAAAAACAAUAAAAGUUCUGUGACUGAAA